AUGCAGAACCCAUCUUGUCUCCUAUACGGCCCAGGUGAUGCCAGGUUCGAAGACCGCCCAGUUCCUAAGAUCGAAGAUCCACAUGAUGUUAUUAUCCGAAUCGCCUACGUCGGAGUCUGUGGAAGCGACGUCCAUUUCUGGACGCACGGUGGCAUCAAAUACCAUGUCUCCCAGGACCGCCCUCUAGUAAUGGGCCAUGAAGCCUCGGGGAUCGUGCACGCCGUCGGACCCGCGGUUACCAAUCUGGAACCGGGCGAUAAAAUCGCCAUCGAGCCCGGGUAUGCCUGUCGCCUUUGUAACAUCUGCAAAGCAGGACGCUACAACCUGUGUCCGAAGAUGAAGUUUGCCGCGAGUCCACCGUACACACACGGCACGCUGUCAAAGUACUAUAAGAUGCCUGCGGAUUGUUGCUUCAAGAUUCCCACGGGAACGGAUAGGCCGUUAGGCCUUGAUGAAGCUGUGCUGAUGGAGCCAUUGGCUGUUGCUAUGCACAGUGUGCGCCAAGUAGGCAUUCAUCCCGGCGACAAGGUUCUGGUCUUUGGCUCAGGCACGGUAGGACUUUUAUGCGCGGUAGUGGCGCGUGAGUUCGGGGCUGGCUCGGUCGUGAUCGUGGACUUGAGUCGUGACAAAUUGGACUUCGCACAGAAGUUUAUCCCGAAUGGGCGGAUGGCUUUCUCAACCUAUAUCCCAAGCAAGGAUCUCUCACCAGAAGAGAACGCAAAACAGUUGCGUGCCUUGCAUAGCAGCACAGACCUGUCUGAUGCAGAUGUCCUAGGGUUUGAUGUUGCCAUUGAGGCUACGGGAGCAGAAUCCUGUAUUCAGACGGCUAUCCACGCGCUAAGAGUUGGAGGCAAUUACAUCCAGACGGGGAUGGGGAAGAGAGUUGUCAAUUUUCCUAUCUCUUUGGUUGGGGAGCAUGAAAUCACUGUCAAGGGCUGCUUCCGAUAUGGAGCAGGUGACUUCAAGAUGGGAUUGGAUAUGGUUUCGGCCAAAAGGAUUGAUUUGAAGCCGCUUAUUACCAAGGUCAUGCCAUUUGAGAAUGUCGUUGAUGCUUGGGAAACUACCAAGAGAGGCGAGGGGAUCAAGACUUUGAUCCGAGGAGCGGGAUUUGAUGAAGAGGAU